CUCUUUAAAGACCUCAUGACACCUAGAGACUACCUUUUUUUAUUUAGUCUAAAAUAACUUUUAUUUUCGAUUUGAAAUACAUAAUUGUGAUAAAUAUGCCCGGUUCUCUGUUAUUUUCGAAAUUUGUACGCAAGCCACUGAAAUCCACAGGCCAGUGUCUUGACAACGUUCCAACAUAAAGAUGACGUAUGCUCCGGAACGCUUUUAGACCUGAUUGCACCUGCUGCCACCCUUGACCUUGAUCAUUUCUAGUCACAGUAAGUCGUACUCGCAGUUUUAGCAUCUUUAAAGUUUUGUUCUUAAUAUUUUUGUUGAGAACAUGCCUGAGCGGUGUGUUGCAGCGUAUUGUUCAAACACCAGGGAGAACGGUUUUACCCUUCAUCGGUUUCCGAAAGACCCUGCUUUGUGUGAACUCUGGACGCAACAAGUUUGUAGGACAAGAGCUGGUCCGAAAGGAACAGUAUGGAAGCCAAGCUCGUCGUCUGUACUUUGCUCAGCGCAUUUUGAAGAGGAGUGCUACGACUCGAUCCCCGCUCUGAAGGAGCAGCUUGGUAUUGAUGUUCGUCUGAAGAAGGUUUUGCUGCCCAAUUCGGUUCCGCGUAUAUUUCAUCGAGGGACAAGCUCGAGGUUAGCCCCGGGGGCGAACGGCGACGUCAAGAGCCGGAGGUCUCAUGCUCUGGAGAAAAGGCAGAGAUUGGAGGUACUACAGGAAUGCCAGUCUGAGUAUGUUGCUGAAGAGGAAAGCGAUGACUUUCCUGACGGGGACCCAUCUACUGAUGUGAAUUCAACAGAAGAUCAGCACAGUGACUUUUCCGUUCAAGUGUGUCUGAGGCCACCAACAAGGACGGUGGCUAUGCAGUUCAAAGGAAGGGGACGGACUAAAGGUGUGCAGGCUACUACAUCAAUGGUCACUGUUGGGACUCAGACUGAGGAUGACUGCUUUUGCUUUCACAACACCGAGAAUGCCAACAGGGAGCAGCGGAGCAGACACGAUGGCGAGAUGAUGUUCAACCUGCGGUAUCCAAAGUAUAAGAAGGGCGGCUACAUUGUGAGGAAAGUCUUACAGGAGCCAUCUUUUGGCUAUGCUGAAGAGCUGAUGCGGAUGGUGGAGGCCAUGUGUCGAGGUGAGGACUACAACGGUGAUGACUUUGACAUCCCAGACCCGUCCCCUGUUACAGAGCCACUCAAUGCAUCAUUCGAAAAGCCGGAUAAGAGGGCAGCAGUCAAUGCACAUAUGACCCGCUUUAGCAUUACAAAUAACACCUAAAUGUACACAUGAGAACCGGACUGAAUGGAAUAAACACAAACUUAAUUUCA